GGUGGGAGGCGUCAUGACAAUCGGCUGCAUCCACUUGCAGAAUUGUGUACGAAGAAUGUAAACAAAGUUCCUUCUAGUUUUCGGUGGUGAAAAGUGUUCCAUGCGAAUGGUACUUAGCGAAAAUAAUGGAUAAUGAAAGUGAAACGGAACCGAAGGAUGAUAAGUCCACGAUUUCACACGAGGGAGACUGCGAGCCGGCAGAACGUGAUGUGCAGCAGGCACAAUCACCCCCUCCGAUGUUGCCGGCGCACGGCCUCCAAUCGAUGUUCGACACGAUCGACUAUCUGAUCGUCCAGGAUGGUUACCAGUGUGCAGCCUGUCCACCGGCCAAGCGUCACUCCUAUCGGGACAUGCCGGAACUUCGGCGGCACAUGGUGAAACAUGUGAACGGCGGGCGGACAUCGGGAUCAAAGACGGCAAUCCGAUGUAACCACUGCAAUCGCUCGUUCGAUCGGGUCGAUGCACUGCGGAAACAUUUACUGGAAGCCCUGAACAAGCAAUACGGUGAGCAGGCGGAUGACGACGAAGAGGACGACGAGCGGGAUAGCAAUGAUCUGCCGGUGAAUUAUAUAGUCAAAAAUGGAUGCCUGACGUGCUCGGUUUGCGAUGCCGAGUUUGGACCAAUGACUCGCUGGAAUAAGGAGAAGUUCAAGAUGCACGUUGGGAAGGAACACUGGAAGACACCGGCGUUCAAGUGUCACGAGUGUGGGAAAAGGUUUACCGAUGCAACGAAGUUGGAGAAGCACAUGAAACGCCACGUGGAGUUGUUGGAUGUUGCGUGGAUGGGAGCGGCUCCUUCCACUACGGUAGAUGGCAAAACCAACCUCGAUUUGAGUUCCUCUCCAGAAGAUCCACCAGACACGAAAUUAUUUGACCGCAUUCUCAAAGAUCCCGUAGAGAUACAGCUAGAGGAACUGCCACAACCGGAGGUGUUCAUCAAAGAAGAACCGGAAGAUGAGCCCGAGAUUACAAUCUCUUACGAAACGGAAAAUGAUUCAGAAUCAGACGGCAGCUCAUCUACCAACUCGACCUCCACCUCCGACUCCGAGUCGGACGAAGAGUACCCCAAAAAGAAGCCGAAAUCGAAGCGCAAAUAUCGUGAGAGAAAAAGAGUGAAAACCGAGUUUCGACAAAUUCCUGGUGCUGAGAGCGGCGGUUCGAUCAUUCUAGCAUGCAAUCUGUGCGACGAAGGUUUUUUGCUGCAGGAAUUGCUCGAUCGCCAUAUGGCACAGAAGCAUGACGAUCGGGAGCGACCCUACGGCUGUUCGCUUUGUAGCAAAACCUAUAUGACGAACGGCAAUCUUCAGGAACACGUUCGAAUGGUACACUCGGGAGUGAAGUUCCCCUGCAAGGUGUGCGGUAUUAAGUUGUCCACCAAAAGCUCAUGGAAGCGUCACAUGAAGGGUCACACCGAGGAAGGUUUUUGCUGCGAUAUUUGCAAAGAGAAGUUCUCCUCCCAUUCGGUUCUGGCGAAGCACAAACGAAGGGUUCAUGAGCAGGUGGCCAAAAACUACAUUUGUGUGGACUGUGGCAACACGUAUGACAGUAACGCCGCACUGAGGGAGCACAGAGUUUCGCACACGGAUGAGCGCAGGUGGGAGUGCAAAGUUUGUGGGAUGAAGUUCAAACGGAACCACAAUUUGUUGAAUCACAAGAAAACGCAUCUGGUGGAGAAGCCAGCGCCAAGCUUCAAAUGUCAAGAAUGUGAGCAGGAGUUUACGACCAAAUCCGCACUGGCAGCUCACCGUUCGCAGCAUGGAAAAAUAUGCUGUCGGUUGUGCGAGAAGACGUUUGAGACACAGAGCGAUUUGAUGCAGCAUCGCCGCGAAGAUCAUAAAAUUACUCGGAAGGAACCUGGUGUGAGCUGUCGAACGUGUCACGUGCGAUGUACAGAUCACGAAGAUCUGUCGAAGCAUCGAGCAGAGGCUCACCCGAUGGAAAUACCCUUGGAGUGUGUCGUGUGCAAAGCCACGUUCGCUUCAACCGUAGCGCUGCGAGCCCAUCAGCGAGAGCAUCAACGCGUUAUUUUGUACAAUUGUCCCAACUGUUCCGAGGCGUACAAUUCGCAACUGCUGCUCAACACGCAUCUGAAGAAUGUCCACGCGGACAUAAAAAAUCACGUUUGUGAUCUUUGCGGUAAUGGGUAUCCCACCCGGAAGCAGCUGUUGUCUCAUUUGGGUCGCCAUCGUAAUCCGAGCAGAAAGGCCAAUUCCAAUAUGCCCGGACAAUAUAUCUGUGACAUCUGUGGGAAGGAGUUCAAUUUCAGGGUUACCCUUAAACGCCAUGUUUUCAACUUUCACAUGAACCAACGAAAAUUCCAGUGUGAGGUGUGUGAGAAAGUGCUGGUUUCCGCGGAGGGUUUGAAACUGCACAUGCGAAGCCAUUCAGAGGACCAAUUGGUAAUGUGCGAACUAUGCGGCAAGGGUUUCGCUCAACCGUACCGACUCCGGGAGCACAUGAUUCGGCAUGCUCGGGUGGACGUCGAUAUACGAUGUGUCAUCUGCAAUCGUUCCUUCCGGGAUCCGAAGAAGCUCGAAUUGCACCUAAAGUCACACACCGGCGAGACCGAAUUCAGCUGUUCGCCCUGUCAGCGUCAUUUUGCUACCGAACGGCAUUAUCGGCUGCACAUGAAACGGAUGCACGAGUCGGAAGUGAACUGUCCGGUGUGCGAUAAACUGUUUCCAACCGAGAAGAAGAUGAAGAAUCACAUCCGCAUUCACGACAAUCCGCAAAUGUUCGAGUGUCCCACGUGCUACACUUGCAUCAAAGACAAGAAGCACUUCGAUCGUCACCAGCGGAUGCACGUGUACGAGGGCGUUAGGUUGCCGUGCCGUUUUUGUCCGCAGACGUUCUCGAUGCCAAAAACCCGACGCCAUCACGAGGCUCGGUUUCACAAGGACCAACAGAAAAUACUGCUGGAUGGUGAGGCUCCUGCGCAGCAGAAGAACGAUUGUGGUGGAUCCAAGAAGUUGAAGGUAGAGUUACCUGAUAAGCCAGCUACAACGAGUGGGACGUAACAAUUACGUUGGAGAGACAACCAAACCUCUACUUCAUCAAAAGACGCAUCUCGUCUAGGGACACAGAGGACGGUUUUCAUCAUAUCUCGCUCCACUUCGGUAUCUUUUAUCUGAUACGCACCCUCCAACGACUGUUUAUCAUCCUUCUGUCAUCAUCACUCGGUAAACACUGGUGGAGUGAACAAACAAUACACAACAACCAAACAAAACGGCCCUUUUCAGGAGGCCACCAAAUCAUUAUCAAAGAGUUUAACGAUGUAAUUCUUCAAACAUAUCCAAAAUCAACACCUACGGAAUCCUACUAACGGAAUCCUACGUCCUACUGCGGUCGUGUCUCGGACACAACCCUCCUGUGACUUUUUUGAUGUAAUUCUCUUUUAGCGUCGAUUUCUUGUUGUAGCGGCGACAAUUUCUUUAUUGUAUUGGGCCACCACCUUUGGCCCUGAAUUCUCGCUUGUUGUGUGCUAGUGUUUAUUUACUUUUCACCUCAUGUCAAUCCAAAUCUGUAAUUUAAAAAAAUCAUUAUUGUUCUGCAAGACAUUUCAGCUUUAGCUUUAGUUUGGUAUAGUAUAGCAAUAAAAAAGAAAAUUGCUGACAAAAGUAACACGUACUAACAUACGCUAGCAGGAAUAAGACAUUU